UCAGGAUGGCCCCACCCAAACUAGAUCCCUGGACAUCACCUUCAGAAUGGCAGAAAGUGUACUCCCUCCUCUACUCCCCAGACGAGCCCUCCAAAAGAGAGGGUCUCUCCUUCGUGAGCAUGUGGUCAGCCAGAUCACAACGACUCCCUCUCUCCGUGGAGUGUACCGGGGAACUGGUAGCAGCCUCUCUUGAAUCUGGAGACAAGACCGCUCAGAUAUCUGUGUACAGUCUCGCUAUCAUCAGGUUCGUUAACGGAAACAUAGACCGAGCCCAAGGUGGGGUGUUCGCAAGAUCUGUAGCCAGCGUGGCUGCGGGGAUCGGGAUACCAGACUGGAUCAUAGAUAUCCGACACGAGGGCACCCACAAGUCCUUACCGUGUCGGGAGAGGCUGAGAAUGGCUGCUCAGUAUGCACUCUACUGGUUGGAGGAGAAGUACUGGAAACCUCAGAACCAGUGUCUGGAGAACGCAGAACGCAAGGUACAGGAGUGUUUGGUCGGCUACAUGGAGCUCCAGAAGAGACUUGAAGGUAUGAAGAGAGCAGGGAAGAAGACUAAUAAAACUGAAAUUACACUUCUUGUGGAACAGAUCUCGUCAUUGUCCCAGUAUGAACUGAGUUUACUACCUGUUCGGCUUGUAAAGUGUCUUGAAGACACUUCAUUCUCGUUCUCGACAUGGAAACCCUUGCUGGUUCAACUUGACAAGAACAAGCCAAAUGUUGUGGCUCACAUUAUCUACGUGCUAUGUGAAAAUUAUGCAAUUAACUUUCAGCAUCGUCUUAAAAUUACCAAGUUUGUUGAGAGUAUUAUCUCUGAGAUCUGUUUGGAGAUCCCAGUAUAAAUCAGCACAGCUUGUAUGUUGAUGUUUUGCUGAAAAAUCAGAACGACGAAAAUACAUGGUGGUUAUCGAACGUUAUUCUUCACCACUGCGGUGAUCACGUGACGGGCAAGUAUGCUAAACUGCGCAACCUGCUUGAAAUUCGUUUUCUACCGAAAUCCAGUGCUCCGUUCGAUCACGAUAACAUUUCUAAGCAAGUUGAGAACCUUAAAAAUGUAUUGAAGCAGCUUGAGAAACAGUCUCCAAUUAGUGGGGCAGAUAAUAUGGGAUCUAGAUUUGUGACGUGUGAUAGCGUUUCUUGGGAGUGUUUACCUAUUGGAUGUAUUCCAGAGAGUAUAACCCCUUCUUUGGACUUUGAGAGUGUAGCCCCAAUUUUGGACUCCUAUCAGCUUCAAAAUGAAGUUAUUACCAAUCUUAGUUCUAAAACUCAGCCAGAAGAUGAUUACGAAAUGGAAAUUGAUCAAGUUAAAAAUCUCCAUUGUUCAAGAUACAUAACUAAAGAUCAAUUAACUCACAUCGCGUGUUCGGUUCGGAUUUUAGAUGAUUUGGAUUAAUACAAUUAUUAUGAAGUUCAAACUUUGUGUUUUAAAAUUUGUAAUUUAUUGAAUAUCUUAAUCUUAUGAAUUA